AUGGAAGAAAGUUUAUCCGAUAGGUACUUCAGCUUUCGGAACAGCUCAAAGCAGAGAAACACGUCGCAGAGGUUUUUCGAGUGGAUCCUGAACUACCCCCUGUUCAACGAAAUCCGAAAUAGCAACCUGUCUAACCGCUUCAGCAGCCUGUGCGUAAACGAUGGGGAACAUUUUUACCCGAAAAAAACGCAGGCAGAAGUGAAAAGGAGAAGAUCGAAGAAGAAGGACUCAAGCGUGCCUAUCAGCGAACCCAACGAACUGACCACGAAUUUGAUUAAAAAUGGAAUAAGACAAGAAGAUUACAGCCUCAUAGUGAACAACAAUUUUUACGCGAAGAUAAUUAAAAGGAGCGAAAAGAUUUACAAAACAUACAACGAUAAUAUUAAGGAUGAAAGAAAGAAAAAAAAAAUAUUCGAAAAAGUUAAGGAAAAAUAUUUUAAAAAAAGAGAAAACAGCGGAAUAGACAUUAACAAAAAUGUCUACCACGAUAGUAUCAAUUUUUCUCUAAAGACCAACAUCCACCUUAAUCGGUAUUUUUACAAAGUAAUAACCAAUCAGCUGCGCUACUACCGGAUUAAGAAUGACUUGCGCGUUCCCAUCGUCAACAUGUUGAAUGAGAUUUCCAAGUAUUACCACAGUUAUGGUUACGACAUUUUGACAAAUGUGAAGGUAAAGUACUUCCCCUAUAAGAGCCUCUCAAACAGCUUCUACAUCAACGGUCUGGUGUUCAGCAACUGUUCUAUAUACUUCGACGAUGUGGAGAUAAAGAACCCGAAAAUAUUGCUCCUGGACGCAGAAAAAAAAAACAACUACGAAGUACUGGAACAGUGUUAUAACAAUAAAUAUAAUUACACAUAUUUCAUUUUGAAAAAAUUGAGCAAUCGAAAUUUGAACAUCAUUUUAAUUCACGGGGAAAUAGACUUUUACACGAAGAAGUUAUUAAUGAGUAAGAAGAUAUAUUUUUUUACUAGCAUUAAAAAGAAAAAUUUAUGCCGCUUGUCCAACAUGCUGCGUACGAAGGUUUUAAGUUAUGACGAUUUUGUAAACUUUGACACUAACAGUUAUGUAGUGAAGGCAAAUUAUUUCAAAAUUGCAAGGUAUAGAAAAAACGUGAAGAAUAUUUUUCUCUGUUGUAGCGGCAAUUUUUUGACCAUAUGCAUAUUUGGGAGGAAGGAAAUACGGGAUGGGACCGAACCGCAAGUGGGAUAUACACCCACGAAUAGCAAGUCCACAGUUAAUAGAGUCAACUUUUCCAACUUGGACAAGGCAACUGAGAGAUGUGUGCCGAAGGAUGGAAUAAAGCCGAUGGGGGAAGACCUCUUCUACACACUGCUUAAGAAAGAAACGAAGAAACAAAAUAUACUAGAGAACUUCCUUCAUGUGUAUUACAAAAACAAGAGUGAUGAUUAUAUAGUUGAUUAUUUUUUCCAACAUAAAGAAAAAAAAAUAAGUAUAGUGGAUAGGGAAAGACGUGGAAACAAGAAAGAGGUACUAAUCGAUCAUAUAAAAAAUGUAAUUAUAAUUAAGAAGGUUAAAAAGUUGCUAAAGUUUUGUCUGUUCUUGACCUUCCACGUAUAUAAACAGCUAUAUUUGAAUAACUACAUGGGAAGAAUGCUACAGAGUGUGCCAGCUGGAAGUAUACACACAAAUGCGAUUUGCGACAAUUUUUACAAGAAACUAAAUCAGUCCAUCUUAUCCUCUUCCAUUUUUUUUUUCUACAAUGAUACAAAGAGCAAGAUAAAAAAGACACCAAUAAAUUUCAUGUCGAAUUUGUUCCACUUAGUAAAUGCUAAUAAUCCAUUGACAAGAGAACGGAUGAAAAAUUUGCACAUGUUGAUAAAGACAAAUAAAAUUAUUAAGGACCAAAUAUGCAACAAUUAUGAACAUUGCUUUUUGAACACAGAAAAGAACAAAAUAAUUGACGUUGUGAACUAUUUUUUUUUUAAUAAUUUCAUGAAGAAUUGGGAAAGCAAUUAUAACUAUAUGUAUUAUUAUUUAAAAAUUAUUAACAGCUCCUAUUUGUACUGCAAUUGGAAAAACUUAAUCACAAAUGAGGAAGACUUUUUGAACGACUCAAAUUUAUUGUCUCAUCCUAUAUUUUUUAACGACGAAAUUGUGAUGAAGAGAAAGGUGAAUGAAAAGGCUGAGGAAAUUAUUGCCCAGAAUAUCCUUUUCUAUUGCUACCACUUGGAAGCAGCCAAGAAUAUAGAAAUGAUAAUUUAUUUUAUCUGCCCCAAUUAUAUGUUCAUUAAUAACUUGUACAACUGUGUGAACAUGUACCUGUUUGACAACCAGAACCACAGCGUGAAGAGACUCUUCUACAACUUUUUCUUUAACCACAAGUAUAUAUGCGACGUGUCGUUGCGGCAGUUCGUUUGCGUCAUCCACGAGCUGGCCUACAGUUUGAAUUGCCCCUUCGACGCCUGCGGGAACCAACUCGGCCACCACCAAAUAUGCAUCCAAAUAUUCUUAAAGAGAGUCCUGAUCAUAUUUAAGAAGGAAAGUAGCAAUCGCGAAGAGGACGAUGUAAGCAUGAACAUCAUCUGCAACAAGUGUGACUUGCUCCAGGAGAGAGUGCUAAAAACCAACUUUUCUCUCAGCGAAUUUCUUCUAAGCAUUGUACACUCAGACAGUUACGUGAACAUUCAAUGCAACCACAAUGGGAAAAACAACACCUACGAGUUGAGUUACAAAGAUUUGAAAGUUUGUUUCCACCUGCACGAUAACGACAUUUACAAAAGUGUCAAGCAGCACAGAAGUGGCCCAAAAAAGGCCAGCAAAAGGGCUGUCAAAGGGGCGGUCAAAAGGGCUGGCAAAAGUGCUGCCAAAGGGGCUAGCAAAAGUGCUGCCAAAAGUGCUGCCAAAAGUGCUGCCAAAAGUGUGCGUUCGCCAAGUACAAGCAGCGAUGGUAGCAGUGCGCGCUGCUGUUCACACAGGAGAGGGCACAACAACUGUGAGGGAAUCUCCAACACGGAACGCAGAGUCAAAAGCUACAUCAAGAAGAACAUGCAAAACGUCAUUCGCAGUAGCGUCUUCUACUACUACCCUUGCAAAUGCGUAACGAGAAAGAAUAAGUGUAAAUUUGAAGCAGGAAAAAAAAAGACAAAAGAACAAGUGUACACAAAUUUUAACCUCUACAAUAUUAUCGAAAAUUUCCCCUUUUUUACAAGCUCGAUGCUUCCCAUGUAUUGCUCACUAAAGUAUUUAAUCUACAACUGCGUAAUACAAUACUAUAGAUCUAAAAAUAGGCACCUUUAUGGGAAGCCCUCCUCAAAGAAGAAGAAGGAGAAUUUUAAAAACCCGGCUUCUCCUCUGUACUUUACAAAUAAGUGUAAAAAAUGUAAGCACAUAAAAAUUGCCAAUUUUUGCGCGCUAGGAUUUUUCAAUGUCUUAUUCAUAAUUAAGAGGAUUUUUUUUAACUUUUAUAUCGCUGUGAAUUUUCUCAUCGGUUUGGUCAGCAAAAAUAUGCUUAUUAAAGUGAACGAAAUUGUGUACUGUGUGAAUAACACGGCAUACUUCAUAGAGGAUAAUUUUUUGAUUAUAAAGGGAGAGAUGGAAAGCGGUAGGGAGGACGAGCAGGGUGAACCAUUAGAUGAGAACAAAAUUGAGGAACCAAGCCCAAACGGAGAUGGAGAUAACGAAUCGCUUAUCAAGCAAAAAGACUAUCUCUUGAAUAAUGUGAUGACUCAGCUGAUGUGUGGGGGUAAGAUGGAGGGUACACAAGAAGGAGGCGCGGAUGGCCCUGCACACACCAUGCGUUCAUCGCAUGACCCAAAUGGGAAUGUCACGCACAUCACAAAGAAGGAGGAAACGUUCAACGGAAAACAAGUAUACUCGAGAGAAGCAGAAAGGAUCGUCAACUGCGACUCGAAACAGACUACCAACAACCGCGCGUACAUAUUAAAAGAUAUCACCAGAAUAAAAGAAAAUUUAAUAAAACAGUUCCUCAUAUUUAGAAAGUUUAAAAACAAAAUAGAGCAUAACAAAAAACAACUAAUUAGAGUGUUCAGGCGUUUUUACACCUACGCCAUUGUGCAUUUGAUGGAGAAGGAAUUCUCGUUAGAUAUUGAAAUGUUUUUCUCCUUGUACAUUAUGAAAUUAGAAAAAAUUAACUUAAGAAUAAAGGGGGAUAUCGAAAGGAUGACAAAGUUGGCCAAUAAUAGGAAGCUGCAAUAUUUGCGUUACGUCGCGAGGGGUACCUGGGGCGGUGUGCGUGUGCGGCGGCAAGGGAAGAAGAGUUCUAAGGAUACGAAGCGAGACGCGGAGAACAGCGAACAAACUUGCUCGAUGAAGCCCCUGUCUUUGCCACCCACCAGCCAUCGUACUGCCAAGCGGAGUCCCCAACACGGACAGGGAAAAGUACAGCUCAUGAGAAGGUGGAGGAGAUCCAAAAAGAAGUAUGCCCUGGUAAACGACAUGAACAGGAGGAGAAGAAAGAAGAGCGAAGCGUCCAAUUUGGAAAAUCCCCAAAGUUUGAAUGAAGAUAAGUCGGAGCUAAGCAACUACUUCUACUUCGUGCGGGAGUAUGACGUACAAAAAUUAUACACAAAUGAAUCCUACUAUAUUUAUAACAUCGAGAAUUAUAGGAAGAAAAAAUAUUUAGACGACAUGAACAAGGAAGAAUACGAGCAUUCGAAUAAGAAGCUAUUCUAUUUGCACAUAUCUAAAAUAGUGGACUCGGUAAGGGGUGAUAAAAGCAGCAGAAAGAAAAGGGGGGGUACAGAAAAGGAACAGAAAACAAGUGCGGUCUUUUUGUUAAAUCCGAGUGACACGUCGAAUUCGAUCUUCCACGCGCUCAUAUCGGAUGAGUACAAGUUGAAGUUGGCCGAAAUUUACGACAAGGAGAGGGAAGCGCUACGGGAGGAGGAGAAGAAACAACACGCGCUGGAAAAACAAAUUGACGAAGCGAAGAAUGAAAUAGCGCUGCUGCUGCGGAAGGAGUUCAAAACAAAUGGGAACAAAGAAAGGGUCACACAGAAGAGACCGUUUUGUGGAAAGAAAAAAUCGCAAAGAGGCAAACAUUCUGUUGUUACACAGCAUGAGGAGAUAAAAAAAUAUUUAAAGAAAAACAUAAGAAGGAUGACCAACCGGAACCUAACAAAUGGCAUGAUGAACCAAUUUUUGAAUUGCAAAAAUGAUGAAGUUGUCAUUAUUCCGAUAAAUGAAAAUAUUUCCGUGUAUAUAUAUUUUCCGCUACAGUUUUAUUACUUGAGGAAAUUUCUGUGCAAAAGAGAAACAACGUUUUUAAGAUCACUCAUAAAGAGCAACUGCAUCAACUUUAAUAAAAAAAAAAGACAUUUCGAAAAAACGUACGAUGAUAAGUACAUCAUCAAGGAGAUAAAUAAAUACGCAUUUAAAUCUUUCAUUACGAGAUAUAAAGAAUUUUUUCAACAUUUUUCGGACAUAUUUUUUCAAGGAAAAAAAUCGCUCUUAUGCUUCAUGUUUGGACUGUACCAAAUAGAAAUUAAAAAGAGUAGCAGAAAAACUGUUAAAGCGUAUAUCAUUUUGGAAAAUGUAAAAAUCGAAAAUAGGAACUCGAAAAUUUUAAUUUUUGAUAUUAAGGGGGCAAGGAAAAAAAAAAAUUUACAAAAACUGAUCAAGCAGAAUAAGAAGAGUUCCUCCCUUUUCGAACGAAAUGAUGCCUUCUCGUACAACUCCGGCAAAACGGCGGAGGAAAAGGACAUGUCGGACGAUAAUUCCUCCGGCAUAUCGGAAAAUUUGGGUCAUUUUACCAGAUACAUUCGCAGGGAAAAGAAGAUUAAUUUUAAGGGCGCAGCGGUGUCUCCCUCUCGGGGGGGGGAGCUGACGGACGGGCGGGUGAAUAAACUAACCAACGGGCGGAUGAAUAAACUAACGAACGGGCGGGUGAUUAAACUAACCAACGGGCGGAUGAAUAAACUAACCAAUGGGCGAACGAACGAGCGGACGAAUACGUUUUAUAACAAAACGGAGUACUUGCAGACCCUCUCCGCGGAAAAGACACACACAGCGGAGGGGGCUCGAAAAGGAGAAAACAAUUCCAAACAGGAUGGUGCAGACCACAUGGAAGGUCUUCAAAAUGGUAUGGAAGUUUCCGUAUCCAACACAGAAGGUGAAAGAAGGCACGAUCUCAUAACCCGGGGCGGCAAAGAGGGAGCAGGGAAUAAGAAACGUAGAACGCGAAACGGAUUAAGCGGCCAAAGUAACGAAGAAAGGGUGAGGAAGGUGUAUACAAAAGUUAGGCAAAAAAUGCUAUGUGGAUUGUUGCGGAAACGUCUGGUUGAACCGGUUAAGAAGCUCCAUAUGAAGAGUAGACUGAAUAAAAAUUCCUCACAAAUCGGUGGGGAGAAAAAAGGUGAUCACAAAAAUUGGCGCGUCUUUAUAAAUGACAUAGUACAUCAUACGAGGAUGUUCCUAUCUUUGAAUAGUAAAAUGACGAAGCUACGAAAGAGGAAAAAUAGACGUAGGCGGAAAGGCACCAAAAGGAUCAGAACCAAAUAUUUGUGCAGCACGAAGGCGUCACUGCAUUUUUUGGCCAGAAAAAAGGAGUACAUUUUGAAUAGAGAUAAUUUGAGCAAACACAAAUUAGGGGGAGAAGUGGUAUACACCCCUCAAUGUAGUACCCCCGCACGGGAAGGAACUUACAGCUUCUUACACGAAGAAGUGUCAGAUAGUAAAAAUAUGGAGAGCCUAAAUUCGAUGGAAAAAUAUAACAACUUCGCAAUAGAUAAUUACAGUUGCUUAAAAAACUAUACUGUCCUAUUUGAUGACAAUUUUAAGGACUUCAUAAAAUCGAAGGUGAUAAAUUUGGAGUACUGUGAUUACAUAGAUCUGAUGGAUUCGUUAAGAGAAGAUACUGAUUUUUUGUCAGGACAGGAUAUCAUGGACUACUCCUUGCUUAUACACAUAGACGUGGCAAAUUUUGUAAUAAUUUUUAAAAUUAUUGAUUAUUUAAGACCAUACACGUGGGAUAAAUCGGUGGAAAAUUUCAGCAAAAGUGUUCUAUAUUUGACCAAGGGAUACAGACCAACUAUUAUACACUCAGAAUAUUAUAAAAAGAGAUUCCUAAGUAAUAUUAAAAAGUACAUUUUUAUUACCUUCCAAUCUAUGCUCUUAAAAAAAAUUGUCUUUAAAAUUGCACAGAGGAAAAAAGGCUCCUUUUCUGUAUUCACCCUAAGCAAAAGGCAUCCCUUCAAAGUUUAUUUUUUUCACCAACUUUUUAAUUUAAUAAUAAGAUACUAUAAUAACUACUAUAUUUAUAUGAAAUAUUUUAAUGUCCAUCAGGCGUCUUUGCGUAAGUGCUCAUUUGUAAAUAUUUUCUCCACACAAAAUCUGCUUACUUUUUUAAGCUACUAUCAGAAGGAAUGUUAUUUACAAAAUUUGGAGGAAAAGAAAAGAGAAGGUGCCCAACAGUGUGACGAUUUUUAUCUGCAAAGUGUACAAUAUGAGGAUGAUUUUUCAACACUGAACACUUUUUCAAAUCCUUUGAAGAGCGAAAUUGCACUACGUAAUGGAAAUUUAAAUAGAGAAAUAAUGUCUCGCUAUUUUGAUAGCAAUAAAGUGAAUAGCAAUUCGUCUUAUCUGUACAGAGAAGUGUCGACUAGCAAAAUGCGAGAGGAUAACGCUCAUCUGUAUAGCCUCGUUUUUCCUUACUGUACUUUGGAUCAUCGUGGCGACCCCAGGAAUGGCUGUGCUGCCACAUGGAGGGGAGUUGCAGGAGACCAGACGGGUGAUACGAAAUGCGACGCACGCUGCGACGCACGCUGCGAGGACCAUGGUGGGGACAUUCCUUUCGUUUGCAAAGCGAACGGAGAGAAAACCCACGGGCACGCGGAGCACCCCGCAGACGGUAUGACAAACAUGCCGAACUUUUUCAGCCAUAGUGACUCCUUUGACGAACGGGAGUACGAAAAAUUGAAAAAACAAUUUUAUAAAAAAAUUUCCCACUUUCAAAUAAAAAUUUUGAAGAAGUUGCAAAAAAAUAAUUUUAAAAUAGAAGGCAUUUCUCAACUCGUCCAGAACAACGUGUACCUGCACAUGACUGACACGAAUAUGCAUUACACGAAUAUGAACUAUGUGGACGUUUUUAACAUUUAUAACAUAUGUGAGAAAGGUUUUCGUUGGGGGGGAAAGCGGUCUAAAAGCCGCAAAAGGGAAGACACCCUUUUGUACGUUCCGUCCUACUUUCUCUUCGCGCUGAACAAGAACUGA